AUGACAUCAGGAGAUGAAAAUUCACUACAUCAUUCGGUAGGCCUUCUGGGGAUUUCUGCAGGAUCCCUCCUCCUAACUGCGAAUUCGUACAGCUUCACCCGGGAGGUCCCUCUGAUCCCCAGCACAGCUGUCGGGGUGCUUCUGGUCAUCUUAGCUGCCCUCCUGGCAUAUGCAGGGGUUCGGAGAAGCCGGAAAAGUACACCGUUGUUUGUCUCCCUCUGCCUGGCCAUCUCCAUGCUGUGGUGCAGCUACGGACUCAGCUGCAUCUUGGGGGGCCAAGGGGUGCUGCCCAAAGCCGUUGAUUUCCGUAACGCCACCGUCCCAGGGUUGGCAGCUUUCAGCCUGGCGCUCUUCAUCUUGGGGGUGGUCGGGUUUCUGCAGAAGGACGUUCCCCCGGCCAUGGUGUCCUGUGCCAUCUCACUCGCCUGCGCCCAUGACAUCGCCAGGCUCUACGACGUUGCCUUCGGCUCCUCGGCCACGGCCGGCAACCAUCUGAUCGUCUGCCUCGUUGGGCUCUAUUUCGGGAUAGGGAGGGUCCUUGACUUUCUCACCGGUGGGAGGGUUACCCUUCCAGGGACCCAGGGACCCAAAAGUCAACAAUCCAGAGGCCGAGGUCGAAGCCACGGUGGGAACGUGAAUGACUUGGCGGUCGUCGGCCUGAUCUCCAACAUGAUCUCUGCCAGCGUCUUUGGGUGUAGGCUUCUAGGAGUGAGCGAUGAUCUGUCUGCGGGUCAAGUGCCUUGGCUCUGGACAGCAGGCGUUUACCAACUGGGGGUUUGCAUUUUCUCCUACCGCUCUUUCGACCUGCCGGCCGCCACGUUCUUCGGCUUCGCCUCAGUCCUGAAGUUUGCCGGAGGCUAUUCCCUCCUGUACAGGACCUGGCAGACAGAGGAACCGGUUUUUCCCGUGCCACUGUUGGUGGUGUUCGCUUUCCUCUUCUCCGUCCUGGCGCUUUUCGCCACAGGGAAGAGCCUUCUCGAUGGCCUGUACUUGCUCUUCUUUACCGCCCACUGCGUCGUGUUGGCCUGCCAUCCCAGCGGCUUCUUCGGAGGGGGUCCUCAGGCAGUCGACGUGGCCGUUUUCGUGGCCUCGGCCUCCAUGACCGCGGUCUACUCUUACAACGCGAAAGCGGGCUUCAAAAUCCCAACAGGGGAGGGGACGGUCAAGGCCCUGUUCUCUCGAACCCGUCUCUUCAAGCUCCGCCAGGCUAAAGACCUCCGCGAUCCCGACCUGGGCUACUCCAAGUACGCGGACGCGGAGGGGCUGGGCUACGGGUGCGGCCUCCUUGCCUCUUUCGCGAUCGCUAAGGCGGUGGAUCCGCAGGCCCCCCUUGCCGCUGUUAUCCUGCCUUGGGUCGUGGUGGCCGGAGGGAUUCUGCAGCUCAUCCCUGGCUUUGUGGCCUUCUCCCGAGGCAAGACACUGGAGAGCAGUGCCUUCGUUCUCUACGGGAUCACGUGGAUCAUCUGGGGCUCGGCCAGGUACGGUGGCAUCUGUGCCACCACCCGGGGCUUCCACUUGGCCGUGGGCAUCAUGGCGAUCAUGGUCCUGAACUGCUUCAUCAUCUUCAGCUCGCUCUUCCUGAGCAUCGCCUGGUUUUUUUACUCCCUCACCUUUGAGCUCAUCCUUAUCAGCUUCCUCUUGGACGCCAUCGACGCCACGCCGCUCGGCUAUGACACUGCCGUCGCUAUCACCUUUGGGGUGGUGAGCUUCUACUGCUUUAUGUCCUCGGUAUUCAACGGCACCUUUGAAAGCCCCCAGCUUCCCCUGGGGAGCCCUUUCCUGAAGCUCAGUGGCAUUCAGGGAGGAAAAAACCGAUGUCCCCAUCUCCCUGCCAGGAAGGCUUCUUCAGUAAAGCAAAUUGCAGAAAUCAUGAAAAAUGGAGGAGCCUGUGGCAUUCCCACAGACACGGUCUAUGUGCUGGUAGCAGCUUGCAAUCGACCCGAUGCAGUGGAGAAGGCUUACAACACCAAGAAACAAGCCCAGGACCGUCCCAUGUCCUUGUGGAUCUCCAGUCUGCGCCAGCUGGAGCCGGCCAAGCAUCUGUUCCACCCGAUUCUCUGGGCUUUCAUGGAGGCCGCCUGGCCUUCCCCGAUCAGCGUGGUCGUCCCUCGAGGGGAUUGGGUAGACCACUUGGGGCUGAAAACCUCCGCUAGAUAUGUCGGCACUUCUCAGAGCAUCGCUAUCCGGAUUCCCGACUGUUCAGUCACCACUCACCUCAUCGACCUGGUGGGGCCCAUUGCGGUCACCUCAGCCAAUCCUACCGGAGAAGCAGACACCACUCACCACAGUCAGGUCUACGCUAAGCUGGGAGACAAGGUUGAUGGGGUCCUUUGUGCCGGGCCAUCUCCAGAGAACAUUGCUUCUACUGUUGUGGACUGCACCAAGAUCGAGAGUGGUAACAUAGGAUUUUUCAGAGUUGGCAUUGUUCCCAAAUCUCAGGUCUUACAGAUCCUGGAGAGAGUGCAAAGGAGCCACAAUCUGGGUCAGAUCAGCACGGUCUCCGAGGAGGAAAAAGAUUCCUCAAAACAGCCUCUGGGAGCCGUUUCGAAUGGAAAGCCCACAGCCAGCUCAGACAGCCUAGCCGAGGCUUCGUAUGCCAAUGGAGGAUUUGGCAACGAAGAGGAAGAUGUGAGGCUCUGAAGAAGCAGAAGGCGUUUGGUGACAUGUCGUUGUAGGAGCAUCUGAGGAGAAGUGGGUAGUGAAACCACUGUUCAAAAGAGAAAAUGAAUUGUGCCCAGCACCGGUUUAAACCUAGCUGGAACCCUGAUUCACAACGAUCGUCUUUGCUUCCCUCUCCUUCUGCAACAUGUCACCUGUUAUUCUUCAACUGGUCAGAAAAGUAUUCUUGUUUAGUCAGGUGUAAAUGUAUUUAUUAGAAGAGGUCCAUGGGACUGAGACUCUUCAGAAACUGAAAAGAAAAUUGAAAUGCAUAAAACUGAAAGUUUAUGAAAUGGCAGGACUUUGUUUGCUCUUGGUGCCCUCCGUUUUGUCUUCCCUGGCUGGCCUAUUCACUGUGACCUGGCCGAUCUUCUCCCUGGCACAGGCAUAAUUUGAGGUUCCUAAGCAAAAGGACAUAAGAAAGGCCAUGGCUGAGCUAGAUGUGUGGUCCUCCCAACCCACUAUGUUAUCUCCCACGGUGGCAAUGAAGGAGUCUCAGAGGAACCAUGUAAUGGUCUCCCACUUUUACAUCCAUCCUAAUACGUAUGGAUGUACCAUCUAGCAUCACUAACUUUUCUCUCAAGCCAUAGCUUUCCCUUCAGGAACUCAUUAUGAACUUUUCUCGUUAAGUUAUAUAAACCUUUCUUGAACCAGCUGUUAUUUUCUACUUGCAUCACAUUUUGUUGUAAAAAAUUUUCCCAAGAUUAAACUAUUCCUAUUUCAUUUCUUUGAACCUGCCAACAUUAGUCUUCCCGCUGGAUGUGGAAUACUGGGAACAGUAAUUCCAUGUUUAUCUUGUCCAGUCAUCCCUUAUUUUGUAAACUUCGACCAUGUCUUCACUCAACUAUCGUCUUCCCUGACUGCAGAGUCUUUGGUUUUCAGCAGGCUUUACAAAAAUAACUU